AUGUCAAAUAGCACAGUGUCAAGACGGCAUACGCUACCUAAAAAAAUAGUAUCUUUAUUCAGUUCAAAAACAUCCCAUAACACCAAUAAUGAUGAUGAUGUUGUCCAGAAGAGAAAUGUGUCUGAUGUAGUCUCGAAAAAUUCGGUUAAUAGCACUUCAAAGCAAUCCAUUGGAUCUCCUGCAGCCCAAAGGCAUAAAAAAAUUGAUGCAAAUUUAGUAUCGCCUGUCUCUUCAAUCACUUCUUCUUUCUCUGGUUUAUCAUUGAAUGCUACACCAAAUAAUAAUAAUGCAAAUAUAACUAUUCAUGUCGAUAAAUACAACUCAACAUCAAACUCGACUCUCAAUUCAAAUAAUAGCACUACACACACUAAUAAUAAUUCAAAUGUCAAUUCAAAUGCAAUAUUAUCACAGAAUUCUCGUUCGAGACAAAAUAACGAUAAAAUUGUAUCAAAUUCAAAUCUAAGUUCAACCACAAACGUAGAGUUGAAACUAAAUAAAAAUCCAGAGAGAAUGAGCUCAAACCAUUCACAAAGUGGGAACUCAAUAAAGACAUCGACCACUCCAGCUCAGUCGAGCUCAAAUUUGAAUUUAGAGGCAGUCACAUCGAAUGUAGAUCAUGUGUCACUGAAUUCUUCGAGUAAUUCUCAAACACAACAACCAACAGCAACCCAGACCACUAAGAGAUUUGUACUACAUGAAAAUGGAUCACAUACGCAUAGCUUGAAGGCAACAAGGAGACAAGAAAAAUUGAGAAAUAUGUUGAAAAAUAUAUUGGGAUCUAGUGAUGAAAAGAUAAGAGGUCAAGCUAAAUCAGCAGUGCCCGAAAUUAUGAAAGAUACAAAAAAUUUCGUCACCACCGAAGACCCAAAUCCACCAACUUUACUGGCUGGUUUAGUUAAACAGGUAGAAAUAAUGAAAAAAGAUACCUCGUCAACAAAUUUACAAAAUUCGAACAAUAGUGUCAAUCCAACUCAAAGUUAUAGCAGUUUAACUACAAUCUCAAGUCAUCAAAGUGAUAUAAUACCUUUCUCAGGUGCAUCGUAUGGAGGCGACAAGAUAAUAUAUAAGAAUCAAUUCCCAACAGAUUAUCAAGAUGAGUUCAUAAAAUCUUUCAUGAAUAAGAAGGAUUCCUUAUCAUUUGGUGAAAAAUAUGGUCGUUGUCAAGAGGUUAUCGGUAAAGGUGCUUUUGGUGUAGUAAAAUUAUGCCAUAAGAAAGAUCCAAAUAACAGUAAAAAUGAAAUAGUCUACGCGGUGAAAGAGUUUAAAAGAACUUCGACUGAACCUAUAGAAAAAUAUUCGAAAAGAUUAAUUGCAGAAUUCUGUAUAUCUUCAUCCUUAAGACAUACUAAUAUCAUCGAUGCAUUCGAUUUGUUUCAAGAUGCAAAUGGCGACUAUCGCGAAGUCUUAGAAUACUGUUCCGGUGGUGAUUUAUUUACUUUAAUCAUUGCUGCUGGGAAACUAGAGGUUGCAGAAGCUGACUGUUUCUUUAAACAGUUAAUAAGAGGUGUUAGCUACAUGCACGGCGUCGGUGUCUGUCAUAGGGAUUUGAAACCAGAAAACCUACUGCUAACAGCAAGUGGUGUAUUAAAGAUCACAGAUUUCGGAAAUGCAGAAUGUUUUAAGAUUGCUUGGGAAAAAGACAUUCACUUAAGUGCAGGAGUGUGUGGUUCAAGUCCAUAUAUUGCACCAGAAGAAUUCAUAAAAGAAGAAUUCGACCCUCGUCCAGUAGAUAUUUGGGCUUGUGGGGUCAUCUACAUGGCAAUGACAACGGGCAGGCAAUUGUGGAGUUCUGCCACAAGAGAUGAUAUAUUUUUCUGUAAAUAUUACAAAUCCAGGAAAGAAACUGGGAAAUUCACUCCAAUUGAAUCUCUUCAACGUACUCAAUGUAGGAAUGUAAUUUACUCCAUGUUGGAUCCUAACCCAACGGGUAGACUCACGCCAAAACAAAUUCUACAAACUGAAUGGGGAAGAGACAUUAAGUGCUGCAAUGAAGGUCUUCCAAAAAAGCUCGCAUAA